AUGAGAUCCUCUACCAAGACAAGACCAAAUAUACGACCAAAUAUACGAACAAAUCCCGAUCGUCGAUACAGUGCUCGAUAUUUAAUUCUCGUUUAUCACGGCACGCGGGCGCAUUUUGACCCUCUGGAAAUUCAAAGACUAGUAGCAGGAGAGCAAGCAAAAUGUACCAUCGUUCGACAGUCUGAGGACGACAAUAUCUUCAACUAUUUCGCUUUUAUCGACUUCUCUGGGAAGCGUUUUCAGACUCGUAAUCUUGCGUUUUUCGAUAUUCAGCAAUACCAUCCGAAAUGGAUACAUGUCACAUCAUCACCAUGGCAGAAAUUAGACGAAAUGAUGGCCCAAGGGGACGUCCUAUGGAACGGAAUUGACCGACCAAAUAAGAGACCCUCUGCCGAUCGCAGGAAACAUGCAACUGGUAAACCACCUUCUUCUGGGCAAUGGGAGCUGCUAGGCAGUGUAACAGACGAAGCUUCGUUCGAAGAAUUACUCAGAAAGGAAAUGAGCAGAAAUGAAUCCGAAUCUGAAGAUCCGUUAAUCGAAGACUUCGAGUAUGAGGUCAAUCCAGAGGAUGGUCAAACAGAGAUGGCCCGCAACGUGCAAUACUGGCAGGACGGCUAUCGAGCAGGCUACAAAGCCGCAACUUCGAAGUUCGCUGCUCAUCAAACACCAGACAAGAAUUUCUCCAAGUAUGAUAUCUGCCAUCUGAAUUGA